GACGACCUAUUUUUGGCGGACGUGGCUGGUUUGCCCGAGAGCCGAUGCUGUCGCUCAACACGUAUGGCCUCGCGCGGCCGUCGCUCAACCAGGCGAGCAGCGUGCACCUGCCGCGGCUACAGGCGUCGCCGCACCAGAGCAAUGCGGCGGCGUCCGUCGGCAAGCUCGCGCAGCAGCGCCGCAACAUCCACCCGCUCUUCCAGACGAGCGGCUUUGACUAUGGGCGCGUUGUCGACUAUCAGGAUCUCGGGUUGCAUUUGAGCCCCGCGAAGCGGCCGUUGGCCAAGCACAUGGACUUUACAAGCACGUUUAUCGAAGGCCCGUUCACCGACUCGAGCCUCGGGUCCCUCGACAUGAAAAAGAAGCGACUGGUUCUGAGCGACCGUCUCCAAGCCGAGCGCAAGGUCCGCACCAAAGACAAAUACGACGAAAAGCAGCUGCAACUGAGCUUCAAGCGCGAAAUUCGCCGCGAGCUCCGCGAGAAGCGUCGACUGGAGAUGCUCGAGCAAGCGGCGGCGGCGACAACGAUUCAGCGCUAUGCACGCGGCAUGCUCACACGCAAUCGCCUCUGGCGACAGCACCUUGCUCUUCAGAACGCGGCGGCCACGCGCAUCCAAUUGUUUUGUCGGUCCCAAAUGCAAAUCUACGACGCCAAGUGCCAGCUUCAGCGCAUCAAACAACGGCGUUGGGACGACGCGGCGGCCGUCAUUCAGCGGCGCGUUCGGUUGUUUCUGCAACGUCAAGCUGCCAAGCGCGAGCUCGCGCGCCGCCGGAAAGCGCGCGAAGAGCGCCGGCAAGAGAUGCUGCAGCGGGCCAACCGCGUCCGCGCCGCCGCCGCGACACUGAUUCAAAAAGUCAUUCGCGGCGUCCUCGUGCCCCAUGCGGUUGGAAAAGUCGUCUUAUGGUACGUGGACUAG